AGGUAAGGCAAGGUACAGGCCUAGAGGUACAGAGAGCUGAGCCUGUUAGAACAGAGGGCAAGGAAGAGGGCACAGUCUCUGACCUCACAAUACCCAGGGCCCACUGGGCCAGCCUUGCAGACUCUGAUGCCCUUUUCCAGCCCGGGCAAGGCCCGGGGCCCUGGGCAGCCUCCAGGUGCAGUGCCCUCCGUCGGGCCGCACCCUCCCCACUGCCCUGGGGCAUGUCUCUACUUACAAGUUACGAGGGCCUUCGGCAUCAGAUAGAGAGGCUGGUGCGGGAAAAUGAGGAACUGAAGAAGCUGGUACGGCUCAUUCGGGAGAAUCACGAGCUCAAGUCUGCCAUCAAGACUCAGGCAGGUGGCCUUGGCUUCAGCGGGUUCACCAGCGGGCUUGGUGAGGCAGCGGCAGGCCCUUCCCAACACCAGGGUGUGUUCCUGCCCCCAUCCCCAGCAGCCGCAGCGGUAGCAAAGGAGCCAGGCAUGGAAGACAUGGGGAUGGUGGCCCUGGCCCCUUUGGCUGACAUGCUGAAUAGCUCGCAGCUCAGUCCUGCAGGAGGCACCCUCAUGAACUCCCUGGUGGCCCCCCUCAACCCGCUGCUGUCCGGCCAAAUGCCCUUGCCGCAGAGCAGUCAGUUUGCCAGUCUUGUGCCCUGCCCCCUGAGCAGCCACCUGGCCAGUCCCCUCGCAGUUUCCCCAGGGGCCACCUUGGCCAACUCUUUGGGCUUACCCACGGCUGGACCCCUGAGCAGCCACCUGGCCAGUCCCGUAGCUGUACCCCCUGGGACCACUCUGGCCAGCUCACUGGGCCUGACCUCGACUGGCUCCCUGACGACAAACAGCCGGCUGGCAGGCCCGGUGGCUGUCUCUCAGAGCAGCCCCCUCAUGGCUCCCCUGGCUGGCCCGGUGGCAGUCUCCCUGAGCAGCCCCUUGCUCUCCUCCACGGCUACCCCUCUAGGUGUUUCUCAGAACAUACUGCCCAAUGCUAUAAACAACCUAGGGCUGGCAGAGGCCCCAAGGGUGCGGCUGGCAGAGCCACCCCGAGGAAACCUCACGGGAGCCUCAGCAGGUGCAGGGCCAAUCGCCACCUCAAGAGUCACCGGUGAGCACCCCCAAACGACGCAGGACUCAGAGCCCCUCAACAUGAUGUUUGUGGGUCCACCCCUUCAGACCUCCACUCCCAUGAGCACCACGGUCACAUCCGGUCCCACGACAAAUUUUUAUGCCACCUCAGAUACUCGGACCCAGACUGGUGUCCUCCAGGGACAAAUGGCCCUUACUUCUGUCCCAAACUCCCCGACAGGCUCUCUUGCUAGCACAGCCCCCAACCCCGCCCCGACACCUGUCCCCCAAAGUGCUGGAAACUAUUCCCCUUCAAAAAACUCCCACUCCAACUCCACCACCAGGGUGCACCAAUCCCCUACCCGGCCCGUGCCCAACCCACAUUCUCCUCCACGCAACCCCCACUCCCCGCCCCGCACCUCAUCCUCCCCGGCUUCAGUCAAUGACACCCGGGGUUCACGCACCAUGGAACAGUCUCGGAAGAGUGUCCUCGAGGUGGAGCGGAAGAUGGCCCACCGCAAGUCUAACAAGUUCACUGACAGUCCCCGAGACUCAAAGCAACUGGCCUGGGAGAGGCUAGUGGGGGAGAUCGCCUUCCAGUUAGACAGAAGAAUCCUGUCCAGCAUCUUCCCGGAGCGUGUGCGCCUCUAUGGCUUCACUGUCUCCAACAUUCCAGAGAAGAUCAUCCAGGCCUCUCUAAACCCCAGUAACCACAAGCUGGAUGAGGACCUAUGCCAGACACUCACCCAGCGCUACGUGAGCAUCAUGAACAGACUGCAGAGCCUGGGCUACAAUGGACGGGUGCACCCAGCUCUGACAGAACAGCUGGUGAAUGCCUAUGGCAUCUUGCGAGAGCGGCCUGAGCUGGCAGCGUCUGAAGGUGGCUCCUACACUGUGGACUUCCUGCAGCGUGUGCUGGUGGAAACUGUGCACCCCAGCAUGCUCACCGACGCCCUCCUGCUGCUCUCCUGCCUUAACCAGCUGUCCCACGACGAUGGCAAACCCAUGUUCAUCUGGUAACGUUGGUGCCCGGCUGGCCCAGGCUCACUUCGCCCUGCAGGCCGUCAUGCAUGGCCAUUAAAGUUUCCCGAGA